GUUCCCUUGCUUGAGGCCUUGGCCCUACAUUACCCAGAAGACCUUGCGCUAAGGCUACGGUCAUCCAAUGAACGUGCAGAAGCGGGGCGUUCCCUGGAGAAAGAACAUCCGCUAGUGGGACUUCCGGUGUAUUCCCGGCGGGCAUUUUGAUUGCUGUAGAGUCUGUGGCCGGUCAGAAGUCCUGGUGUCUGGUGUUGGGAGCAAGGUGAAGGGCCAAGAAGGGAGAGGAGGCUCUGUGCUCACUGGACAGUAGCGGGUCUUAGGGUCUGGCACACCGCCGGCUUCGGGGAAUAACCCGGCGGAAUCCAAAUGAGUCCUUGAAAUGUCUCCUGCUGCGCUGAGGGAACCAGCUGAGGGUAGGGUGGCCUUUGCGGAUGUGGCCGUGUACUUCUCCUGGGAGGAAUGGUGUCUUCUUGAUGAGGUUCAGAUACACCUGUACCUGGAUGUCAUGCUGGAGAACUUUGCACUUGUGUGCAUGCUGGACUCCAGAGCUCUCGGGCUUACUUGCCCUUCACUGUGGGAGCUAGUCCCCAGACCCGGAAUUCAACCCAUGUACCCUGUAUGCAAGACGGAUUCUCAACUACUGGACCACCAGGGGAGUCCCCACUACUUUCUUGCUAAAUUGUUUGGUUAUGUGUUGAGAUUAUUAUGGCAAAGGCAGAGUACAUCCCAACACUGGUAGCUCCAAAGUUGCUGCUAAGGAUUCAAGGUUCUUGGCGUGGAGUCCAGAAUGAAGAGACACCUUCUGAACAGAGCGAAUCUGCAGAAAGAGUCUCACAGAUUAGGACCCCAAGGGCCAUUUUGUCCCCUGAAAAGGCCCAGCCCUGUAAGAUAUGUGUCCCAGUCUUGAGAGACAUUUUGCAUUUGGCUGAAGAGGAAGGAACAAAUAGGACACAGAAAGCCUACUCAUGUAGGGCAUGUGGGAAAGAAUUCUAUUUUCCUGCAAACAUUCAGCAGCACCAGAAGCAAUACAUUAGAGAGAAACCCUUUCAGUAUGAUGUGGUGAGAUCCUCAUUUUUGAAAAGCUGGACAAUCCAUGCAACAUGGAAUCUCUGUACCAACAUGGAGAUUGUGAAUGACUUCAAGGCCAACAUGGUAGUUAAGCCACAGGCCAGUAAUACCAGGAAGAAACUGAACAACAGUAAGGAGUGUGAAGCUAUUUUUCACAGUGACAAAAGCGAUCAGAACUGGGGAGAAGGCGAGAUUGCUUGCAGCCACACAGACAUACUUGUUCGGGAUGAGAGAAUUCUCACUACUGAAGAGUCUUGUGAGUCCAACAAAGUUAGGAAUGCCGGCACCCAAAGAAAUAGUGUUACUCAGCACCAGAAAGUUCACACUGGGGAAAGGUCUUUUGAAUGCAGCCAUUGUGGAAAAUAUUUACCCACAAGUCCGGUUUCCUUGCACAUCAGAGAUUUAACUGUGGAGGAACGUUUUAUGAUUGUACAGAAUGUGGGAAAUCCUUUAGCCGAAGGAAAUACCUCGUUGCCCAUAGAAAAAUCCACACUGGAGAAAAGCCUUUUGAUUGCAAGGAAUGUGAUAAAUCUUUUACCCGAAAGGGCAAAUUAAUUGAACAUCAGAGAGUUCACACUGGAGAAAAGCCUUAUCAGUGCAACCAAUGUGGAAAGUUUCUUGUCAGCAAAUCUAGUUUGUCUGUACAUUAGAGAGUUCAUAGUGGGGAAAGGCCUUAUAAAUGCAAUGAAUGUGGGGAAUCUUUUAUUACUAGGUCUGCCCUCUAUUCUCAUCUGAAAGUUCACACUGGAGAAAGGCCUUUUGAGUGCACUGAAUGUGGGAAAUCUUUUACCAGUAAGUGGAUCCUUUGUAAUCAUCAGAGAAUACACAGUGGAGAAAGACCUUUCAAGUGCAGUGAAUGUGGGAAAUUCUUUAGCCGAAACGAACAACUCAGUGCCCAUACGAAUGUUCACAGUGGAGAAAAUCCAUAUGACCGUAGUAAAUGUGGGAAAUCUUUUCCUGCUAGGUCAAGCCUUUGUCAUCAUCAGAGAGUUCACGUUGGAGAAAAGCUUUCUGAGUGCAGUGAAUGUGGAAAAUCCUUUAAUGAUAGAUCAGGCCUCCGUCAUCAUCAGAGAGGUCACACUGUUGAAAGGACUUUUGCAUGAAGUAAAUCUGGGUAAUCCUUUAGCCAGAGACAGCUUCUGCAUAUCCACGGGAAAAUCCUCACUAGAGAAAAGCCUUUGAGUGGAGGAACGUGAUAAAUCUUUCACCUACAAAUCCACUUGUUUCAACAUCUGAAAGUUUCAUGCUGUAUGGGGCCUUGUGAGUAUAUCAAAUAUAUAUGGUACUGACAUUGGCAGAGUUUGAGGUGGUAACAGCGUGGGAAGUUCUUGUGCAGUCACUAUGCAGCAAAUGGCCCCUUUCUAGGGAGGAAACUGAGCAUAGAAAUUAUGUGUCAUCUAUAUGUGAUCUCCCAGCAAUGGACAUGGAUAUGGAUUCAGUGCCAGGCUGCCUUGUUCAGGACAGGGGCAGUCUGUUCAUCUCAGUCCUCUUCCACCUACCCCGUCGAUUUUGAGGACCAAAAGAAUACCUUAUCCAUCCUCAUACUUCUGCCCUGCUCCAGCCCCACCAGAAUAUCUCUGCUCAUACCCCAGUCCCAUUCUGAUGAACAGUAGUUUCUUUUCUGUGGCUUUCAACAUUACUGCCAUUUGAGGUGUCUAGCUUAGAGAGGUAGAGGGACUUCCAUAACAGCUCACUGCUGCCAGACCAUUCAUAUGUAUGAUUCUUCUAUACUGCAUAUGUCCACUAGCUUCUCUUCUGUCCCUAGCAGCAGGGACUGUCCACACCUGACAUGUGCAUUUUACCAGGGCUCCAAGCUCUACCUCUCCCAGUGUUUAUCUCCUUCCUGCAAACAUCCUCCUGGUGGAUAAAUUCUUAGGGACAGCAGCACUGAACCAGGCAGCCUGGAGAGGAUCAUUGACCUUGUUUCCCCAUCACGUGGUUUACCUGCUCACCAUUCUGAACAGUGUGAGGGACACUGAAUGACUAAGAAUGUCUUCUGUGGCCCUCACAAGGCCUGGUCUCCAAGGCUCCUCUUCCUAACUCCUUUACCCAUCACCUCACUGCUCUUCCCACCCCUCCAGAAAAAUAUAACUCACUAAAAUGGUGAUUGUUAAUUAGCAAGAACUUGCCCUCCCCCAUCUUGGAACCCACACUUGACCUACCUAUCUUAAAAACUAAGACUGAAUGCAGGCCAAACCCUCCAAUGAAGACUGUAAAACCUCACUUAGAAUUAUAAUUUAAAUCGCAUUUCCUUCAGAAUUAUUAGUGUUGAGCUCCCCCCCCCCCCCCCCCCCAUGUGUCUAUUUUUUACCUGUAUCUCCUGUUUGGUUAAAUUUCUGUUCUUUUGUGUACUUUAUUUUGUAUGAUUUGGCCAUUUUCUCUUUCCUUGACAAAUAUGGGAUUGGGGAAACAAAGACAUUUGUGAUAUUUCAUUCAUUCACCAAUGAUGUGAAUGACUUCUGCAUGGAAUUGUAAUUUAGAGUACUAAAAGAGUGUUUUCUUCAUUUUUUUUUAAACUAUGCGUAGUGCAAUGGCCCCAUACAUUAUAAAGGGUUUAAAUAAAUCUGCCUUGUUAACAUAUGCUACCUCAGUCUUAAGUCCAGACAUUGAAUCAUAUAGUAAAUUAAGCCGUGAUUUGUAGUGUUUGCCAAUUUUCCUGGUGUAUAUACUCUCAUCGUAGCCGAUAGUCACAUUGCGAACAUAAUGUCCCUGAACAUGGAGUUGGGAAGCAUUGCCAGUAGCCCACCAUUGUGUGUGUGUGUUUUUUUUCUACCAUACAGAUAACAGCCACUUAAGAAUGUAGCUAAUAAAGCCAUAGUAGAAUGAUUUUUUUAUUUAUUUUUGUCUGCGCUGUCUUCCUUGCACACAGGCUUUCUCUGGUUGCAUUCAGUGGGGGCUAAUCUUGUUGCUGUGUGCAGGCUUCUCAUUGCAGUGGCUUCUCUUGUUGGAGCACGGUCUCGAGAGAAUGUGGCCUUCGGUAGUUGCAGCUUGCAGGGGCUAGAGCACCCGGGUUUCAGUACUUGUAGCCCAUGUGCUCUAGAGGGCUGGCUCGGCAGUUUUUGUGCACGGGCUUAGUUUCCCCAUGGCAUGUGGGAUCUUACCAGACUAGGAAUUGAACUUAUGUCUCCUACAUUGGCAAGCAGAUUUUUAACCACUAGACCACCAGAGAAGCCCCAGGAUGAUUUUUUAAAGAGAUAGGUUUUACGUAUUUGUUUUAAAAAAUCAUUUAAUGAAUGUGGAGUUCUUUCAAUAAACUGCACAUAAUUUAAAAUGUACAUUUUAACUUUGUGAUACUUGUGUAUACCUCUGAAAAUGGUUUCCUCCUGCCAGUUUUAAUUCAUUCUCAACAUUAACGUUACUGAUACAAGAGCAUAUUCUACUUUUGUAAUGACUGUUUUCAAAUGUAUAUAUAAAUGGAAUAACAGUUGGAUCCUACCCCUGUCUUACCUGUUUCUUAUAUCUAAAUUUUGAGACACAGAAUUGGCAGGCCUGCUUCUGACCCCAUGAUAGGUAUGUGGGUAGUUGAAUUUUUCAUGGCCUUGUUUUCCUUCAGCCUGCCAAGAUUAGAUGAGACUUUUUAGGAAGACUUGUCGGGUGGUCAUGUGUAUUUGUAGCAUCUGUAGCUGUAGGUGUUUGAGUCGCCUAUGCAACAUUAGUUGUUCUUCGAAUAGAAAUUCAAAACAUUCUCUUGAACAUCACUUGAUGAAAAUUAAAUCCUUUUCCAAGGAAGUUUACGGCUGUCAAAAAGUAUUUACCCACUACUUUGAAUGUUUAUUUCAAA